UCAAUGAGGGUUCCACUUCCGUUCCUCCAUGAGUGCACAGUCAAGAUGACUACACUGAGGGCUUUCACCUGCGACGAUCUCUUCAAAUUCAACAACAUUAAUCUGGACCCCCUGACAGAAACAUAUGGCAUCCCGUUCUACCUGCAGUACCUUGCACACUGGCCCGAGUACUUCAUCGUCGCCGAGGCACCGGGAGGGGAACUCAUGGGUUACAUCAUGGGGAAGGCAGAGGGCUCAGUGGCCCGGGAGGAGUGGCACGGCCACGUCACUGCCCUGUCGGUGGCCCCCGAGUUCAGGCGUCUGGGCCUGGCAGCUAAACUGAUGGAGCUGCUGGAGGAGAUCUCUGAAAGGAAGGGAGGCUUCUUUGUGGAUCUCUUUGUACGAGUCUCCAACCAGGUCGCUGUGAACAUGUACAAGCAGCUGGGCUACAGCGUCUACCGCACAGUCAUCGAGUACUACUCGGCGAGCAACGGAGAGCCCGAUGAGGAUGCCUACGAUAUGAGGAAAGCCUUGUCCAGAGACACGGAAAAGAAGUCUAUCAUCCCACUACCUCACCCAGUCAGACCAGAGGACAUCGAAUAACCCAACGCUGUGACUCCCUUUCAGUUAGCAUCAUAUUGUCCCCUUAUUAAACAACAUAAAUCUGUAAAUACACUGAGCAAAGAACCUUCUUUACUAGCCCCAUAAAUCAAUUUUUUAAUUUAUUUAUUUGAGUUCAGAGGAGAUGUACUGAUUGAUGGUAAAUUGUUUUGCAGUGUGAAAACGUGGUUGUCUCUGCGUAUUUUGUAUGCUACUCUGCUGCUAAGAGAUUUUUUUUUUUUUUUUAAAGAAAAAAACAGGAAACAAGGUAUUAUCAGUCGACAUGUAAACUGCAUUUGCUUUAGCAACAGUGAAAGAGAGUCACAGCUUUACCAUUUUAUAUUUUGUGGAUUUUUUUAAAGGUGAAAUACAUAUAUACUUAUCAU